AUGUCAAAGGUUGUACAAUGCAUUGUAAGUUGCAAGAAUGUAGAUGGUGGAUUCAAAUGCAUGCCUGGUGCAAAAUCUCAUGCAAGGGGAAUUGUCAAGGAUCUGAAGUAUGCUGAUUCUCAUGAGUGGCUGAAAGUCGACGGUAAUUCUGCUACUGUAGGCAUCACUGACCAUGCUCAGGAUCACUUGGGUGAUGUUGUGUAUGUUGAAUUACCGGAAGUAGGAGUUGCUGUAACACAGGGUGGAAGUUUUGGUGCUGUGGAAAGUGUCAAGGCCUCUAGUGAUAUCUACUCGCCAGUUUCAGGGAAAGUGGUUGAGGUUAAUGAAGAACUCAAUAACUCUCCUGGUCUGGUUUCUCAUCCAAUCGCACUACUCAUAAGAUUAUCCAAAAGCUUUAAUUCUUGGGCAAGGUCGAAUAAUUCACAGGUUUUUAAGAAUUCUAGGGGGUUGAAUAAUUUGGGCUGUCUUAAGUUUAAAAAGAUUGCAAAGCCGGUUAUGGAGAAUGAGGUUGGCCCAAUAUCAAAGGAUCUGAAGCCCAUCGUUAUAAUACAGAGGGCGGAGAGGGAUAGGGUUGUUCUCUAUGACAAAUUUGGUGAGGGAGACAACGGAUGCAAUGACGACGCCGAUGUUCGCCUUCGAUUUCAAGUCGAAGAUUUGUCGUUGUUAGAAGAUAAGGGAAAUGGGAGGGACAUUGAUGAAAAUCUGUCUUUGUUUGUUAAGAAAGGAAUUACAGAAUGUGAGAAUUUCAGAGAUGAGUUUGAAGAUGGUUUCUCGGGUAAGGAGAUUGAGCAGAGAUUAAAGGCUAUGGAAGUGGAAGAAGGCUUCUGCCAUUCAAGAUUUUGAGUUGGGGG